UGCCCUUCUGUCCCUACAGGGUAAAUUUGAAGAGGCCAAAGCUGAAUUCAUCAGGGCUGGUACGCCCAAGGAAGCAGUCCUCAUAUUCGUCCAUAACCAGGCCUGGGAAGCAGCUCAGCAAGUGGCCGAGGCCCACGAUCCUGACACUGUCGCCGAGGCGCUUGUGGGGCAGGCCCGGGGGGCCUUGGAGGAGAAGGACAUUCAGAAAGCAGAAGGGCUGCUGCUUCGGGCCCAGAGACCGGGCCUGCCCUUCAAUUAUUAUGAGGAGGCUGGAUUAUGGAGCGACGCUCUGUGGAUCUACAAGGACUAUAUGCGGGGUCAGCUGGAGGUUCUGAGGGAAGAGUAUGAGCGGGAGGCUACCAAGAAAGGGGCCAGGGGCAUGGAGGGGUUCGUGGACCAAGCUCGCCAGUGGGAGCAGGCUGGAGAGUAUAGCCGUGCCGUCGACUGCUACCUCAAGGUGCGGGGCUCAGGCAGCAGCAGCCUGGAGGAAAAGUGCUGGAUGAAGGUGAGGCGGGCUCCACCCUUCCUGGCUGCCCACUUCCCGGACCGCCCUCACAGCCAGCAUUCCUCCUCAGACAUUGCUUUUUCCUCCUGGGCCUCUCAUUUUCACUCAGGCGACAGGUACCUGCUGAGUGCUUGCUAGAUGCUAGAGCCAGAACUAUGAAAACUAUAAAAGGGGAUCUGAGGCAGAACGCCUAACAGACUGA